AUGGCUACGAAGACGGAUAGCUAUGGGUUCAAUGCAAUGACAAUGUUUCAAGUGGCCCGCGACUGUUCGCCCGACGACCACAAGCAUACGCAGAAUCUGGUGGAAUCGAAAGACGAUAUGCUGUUCGUGUGGAACGCCAAGAAUUGUUGCGUCAUGACGUUGAACUGGCGUGCGGCGGCCUCGAAGAAACAGGAACCGCUGAAGCAUCAGACGCUGAUUCCUUCGGCACCGCAAAAUUUCACGGUGGAAAAGAUACUCCCGUCGACCGACGGCACCUUCCUGGCGCUGGCCGGCCCGAACGGGUUCUCCAUCAUCGAAUUGCCCCGCCGCUGGGGUCCGAACGGUCAGUACCAGAACGGCAAGGAGUGCAUCAUCUGUCGGAACUACAAUCCGGACGAGCAUCUAUUCACCGAAAGUGCAACGCUUGAGUUGCUGCAAAUCCGUUGGCAUCCGGCCUCACCGACCGAUUCACACUUGCUGGUGCUGCUGUCGGACAACUCGAUAAGGGUGUACGAUGUGGACUCGCUGCGACAUGUAUGGCGAAUUGGCCCGACACCGACACCGCAAGCCGUCACUGCCGCCGGAUCGUCGCCGGGCGGCGCUAUCACCUCGAAGCUCUCAACCUAUCUCAACAGUCUGGGCGAUACGGCUGUUGAUUUUGACAUCGCUCCGCCACGUGUGGUUUCUUCCGCCGGGCCCGGAGCCGGAGCCUCCAUCGGUGACAUCAGCAACAGCACCGCCAGCACCACGUUCCUGUCAACGGCGACGCUGCCAUCGGUGGUCAGCUGCGGUGGCAACGCAGCUGCGAUGCUGCCUUCUACGCCAAAGGAAGGCCUGAUGAGUGAUUCUUUGAUCGCGUCGCUCUCGUCGAAGAAUAAAAAGGAUGGGACCGUCGCCGCUGCCGGUGGCCCGAAGGUCGAGUGGCCGAUAGUGAUACUGCGGGGCGACGGGAGCGUGUAUGUGCUUUGCGCCGGCAUCGACACCAAUCGACCCCGGCUGCAGGGCCCGAUCUCGAUUCUGCCCCAGGUGGACGACAACUACGGGCUCGACUCGUGUUCGCUCAUCGUCAUCCCGACACUGCCCCCGACGGUCAUCAUUGCCGAGAGCACGGGCAAAACGCACCACGCACUGUUCCUCGACGAGGAGCGGCCCCACGAGCGGUCCCUUUCGGCCGCCGACCCGGACACGACCGUUGCCCUGUAUCCGUGCGAGUGGUACCUGCACGUGCUGGAGACGGUCGAGCUGGAGCUGGGCCUGCCGGGGCCUGCCGUGGAGGCGGCGGCCGCCAAGACCACCACCUUCUCCUGUCCGCUGCACCUCAAGCGCGACCCCCUGAACGAUGCGCGCUACUUCGCGUACCACAAUGCCGGUCUGCACGCCGUUACGCUGGACUUCACUCGUCAGCUGCACGAGUUCGUGCAGCAACCCGACGACGACGCCGGGGGCGAGCUGGCCGAGCGGUACCCGCUCUUCAGCUCGCACAGCCGGGCCGAGUACGUGGUGUGCACGAAAGCGCUGCAGAAUGCAAACACGAAUGCCGUGCUCGGUUUCACGCUCCUACAGUCACCGUCCGGGUUGGUGCUGUUUCUCGCGUCCGGACAGGUCGUCUCGCUGGACCUGAUCACCGAUCACAGCCUGAUCCGCCAGUGGCCCCUCACCGGCGGUGCUGGUGCUGGCACCAAAAGCGGACCGCACGCUGUCGAAUCUCCCAUUAAAAAUAUGCUGAAAGAUUCAUUCCAAAACAAGGUCCGGUCGAUCCUUAAAUCUGGCCUAACGCAACCGAUCCUGAAGCUGGACCAAUCGAACGAACCGACACCGCAGGAAGCGUUCGAACUGCUGUCCCAGACGACCCGGAUGCUCCGGGAGCACUACUUUGUGCGCCACGAAAAGGCACGCCAGGAGAUCAAGAAGCGUGGCCACGUACUGACGCUCAUGAAGCAGCAGCAGCUGCAGGAAAUCGACGAACUGCAGGUGGAGAAGCUGAAAAUUCGCGAAACGGCCGAACGGCUGGCGGAAACGUACGAGGACCUGUGCGACAAGCAGACGGCCCUCUUUAAACGGGCCCAGGAAGUGGUACGCUUGGCCACGUUGCGCCUGCCGAAGGGAUCGUACUCCGAAAAGAAGUUCACCGAAAGGAUCGAAAAGAUGCACCAGUUGGUGAAGGUUCUGCAGCUGAACGUUGACCAGACGAAGCAAAAGAUUGCCACGCAACAGGUGCAGCUGGAAUCGCGAAAGAGUGGCACCGGCCCGAAAGAACGCCCGGCGUUCACGUUGCCGGCGAAGCAGGAAGAGAUUAUAAAACAAAUCAUCGGUGAAAUGUACACCCAAAUCAACCGUAACGUGAAGGACAUCAAGAAAAUGAACAGCAUCCUUAACCUGACCUGAAGUUGACUCUAGAUCGCACGUAACCAAAUCUGCGCCGCGGACGCUUGAGCAAAUCCGUUUUUCUUUUAUCUUUGUCCGAUUCGUUUCUCGUUUUGCCAAUAAACGUUUUUCUUUCGUA